AUGCAAAAUUUUGCGAGGAAUACUGCAAUGAAUAUUGCUGCAAGUUGCAAUUUGCAACCACAAGUAAUCACUUUAAUUUCUUUUAUCACUUUAAAGUUUCGGGUUCAUGGUAAUUACGGAAGUUAUUUUUGUAAUUAUUUCAUAGCCAUGUUGUUAGUUGCGAGAAAAUCUGUACAAGCUCAGGAUGCAUGA